AUGUCCAUCCCUAACGUAUGGCACCAUCGCAAGGUGGCCGAUGCCGCUGCAAAGGCUUGUGAUAUCUGCUAUCGGCCCAGCACCAGUGUCUUGGUCACGCCCGAAAAGCAAGAUUUCUUCUACAUCUGCCCGGUCCACCUUAGAGACACUAAGUUUGCUACUCCCAUCAUCGACCAUGAGGCCAUCGCAGCCAAAAAGAAGAGGGAGAUGGACGAGGAGCUGGAGCGUGUGAAGAAGGAGUACGAGGAGAAGCAACGAAAGAAGAAAGAAAAGGCGAACGCAGACGACAAGUCAAAGUCUGAAGAUAAAGAGAAAGACGCCAAGGAUCAGGAGAAGAAGGAUGGUUCUAAAUCCAAGGACGAGGCCAGUCCCGUUAUCCUGCCUCCGGUAUUAGCGGGCCGUACUGACUUCAUUCAACAGGCCAGACCUGACCCGGCAACACCUCAAGAAGAAGAGCCACGGGUCUUCGCCUUGCAGAAGAGUUUCCACCAACAACGGAUCAACAAAAAGCAGCAAGCCGAGCUGGCAAAGCGAAAUCGUGAACGGCUGGCUAACCCCAACCUCUUCCCCUCGGUGCCAAAGGGUGCACCGGGCCCUCAAGGCUAA